UGAUGUUCAUAAGAGCAUCACUCGUAUACUAUCUCAGCAUCACGAUGGAGCUUGGAUGACAUUUAGGCAGAUUCCACGGGAUAAACUGGCUCGUAUGUUCGAAUGCUUUAGGACCCGUUGGAGUUGGGAUCCGGCUAACGAGCAACUCAUACAUGAAGGGUUUAUUAACGUGCUGAAGAAACGUUAUAGAGACAUAAUGAGGCAGUUGAGAAUAGACUCCACAAUGUUGGCAUGUGCCGUCCACGAAGAUAUGGAUCCAACCAAUUAUCUACAAUUUGACAAAAUUCGUGAUUUUCCGCCUCCUGCAAUAUCUCUUGAAGUAUGGCGUGAAUUGUGUAAGCGUUGGAACACAAAAGGUUGGCUUAACAAGUCCAAGAAUGGGUCAAAAAACCGUAGGAGCGCUGAUAGUAGUGGCAAGUCAUCGCGACACACGGGUGGAUCAAUGGGAUAUGCUGAGCGUCGUGCCCGUAUGAAAAGGAAAAUGAAUGAGGAACCCAAUUUUAAACAAAUCUUUCUGGACACCCACCUCACUAAAGAAUGCAAGCAAAAAUUGUGGGACGGGGACAUUGACAUAUAUAACUUGGAGGAAUUGAAGUUUUGUACGGAACGAGCCAAAAAAGUAUAUGGGGAUUAUUUGAGUGCGAUGCGUGAGGUUUACGGGCCGAACUAUAGCGAGUUUCCAGAUGACCCUGAGGUGUGGGCACGUGUGGUCGGACAAGGUCGCACGCGCCGGGUAUACGGGAUAGGUUCUUCGGAUCUAGAUUAUUUGGUGACCGGGACAUCUUCUUCUUCUGUCGGGUCUGCACCAUCGCACGCAGAGUACCAACAGUCUCAAGAAGAGGUUCAAGUUAUGCGAACUCAAAUGGUAGAUCUUGAAGCUCGGCUUGAAGAAGAAAGGAAUCUACUUACAACUCGGCUUGACGAAGAAAGGAAAGCAAGGGAAGAACUUCAACAACAACUUCAAGAAUUUAUGAACAAUUGGCGUCCUCCUUCUAAUUAGUUAUAGUUUCUGAUAUCUUUUGGGAAAUAUGUUAAAUUGUAUUAGUUUACGGUUUAAACAUAUUUGAACUUGCGUUGCAACGCAUGAUUUUUGAAUUUGUGUUA